AUGUCGACCCCGAAGCCGUCUGCAAAGCCCAAAAAGCAGACCCCCGCUUCUGGCCAAAAGUCCAUCCUGGGCUUCUUCCAACGCAAAUCCGAUCCCGCCCCGAAGCCUUCCAUCGAGCCCAAGUCCUCGCCCACUCCGCUGCCCUCCGAAUCUGCCCGGAAGCCUUCGUCCGCCUUUUCCAAGCCGCAGUCCAAGAAGCUUCCGCCCAGCACAUUGACUCCCACUCCGAGCAGCGACCCCGUCGGCCCCUCGAGUCCCAUCCGCAGCGACUUUCCCGACACCGACAAGAACAAGGAAAAUGGUCUGCCGUCUCCUCGCUCCUCCCCCACCAUUGCCGCUGCUGAUGCAGAUCCAGAAGGCCUCGACACCCAGCAGACGAGCAGCCCGUCGCGCAAGGUCCGCCCUCCCACUCCAACCUGGCCUGCAGUCGCUCACCGUGCCCAGGCAAAGAAGCAGGUCAGCUACGUCGAGUCCGACGCCGACAGUGAUGACGACGACGACGUUUUCCAGCCCGUCUCUGUAAAUGGCACCAAUAAGCGCACCUUGAAGCGGAGGAAGGUCGCCGCUUUGGACGACUCUGAUGGUGAUGACUACGGCCCGGACCUGGUCGACGACGACGAUGAGGAUGUGGAUGAUUUCGUCGUUCCCGAUGACUCGGACGAAGAGCCUGUUUCGAAAAAGCGCAAGCGCCCCUCGGCUACGUCCUCUCGCAAAGCGUCCAAGCAGUCUUCGCCUCCCAUGCCCUCUUCGCCGCCCGCUGCCCAUGACGAUGUUGUCAUGGAGGGCAAUUCCUCCUCCACAGCCCAGCAGUGGCGCUUCGACCCGGACAAUAUCGAUUCCACUGGCGUGCGCCCGCCCCCCACCUUCGUCAAGAAGGCGGACGGAAAGAAGGAGAAGGCAUACAAGACAGAGCCCGAGAAGCGCUAUACUUGGCUGGCUCAGGUCCUUGAUGCGGACAGAAAUCCUCCCGGCCAUCCCGACUACGACCCGCGCACCCUCUACAUUCCGCCCAUGGCCUGGACCGCCUUCUCGCCCUUUGAGAAGCAAUACUGGGAGAUCAAGAGCAAGUUCUGGGAUACCAUUGUCUUCUUCAAGAAGGGUAAAUUCUACGAGCUGUACGAAAACGACGCCACCGUUGGCCAUCAGCUGUUUGAUCUCAAGCUCACCGACCGCGUCAACAUGCGCAUGGUCGGCGUUCCUGAGUCAUCGCUCGACAUGUGGGCCACGCAGUUCGUGGCAAAAGGUUACAAGAUCGCCAAGGUCGACCAGAUGGAGUCCGCUUUGGGCAAGGAGAUGCGUGAACGCGGUGGUCCCCCCAAGAAGGAGGAUAAGAUCAUUCGCCGCGAGCUUUCCUCUGUCCUCACGUCGGGCACCCUUGUCGAUGGUUCCAUGCUGCAGGACGACAUGUCCACCUACUGCGUGGCCAUAAAGGAGACUGACAGAGACAAUCACCCUGUCUUUGGCAUCGCCUUCGUCGACACUGCAACCGCCCAGUUCCAGCUCUGCGAGUUCGCUGAUGAUGUCGACAUGACCAAGUUUGAGACCUUCGUUGCCCAGACCAGGCCUGGCGAGCUCCUUCUCGAGAAGUCUUGCAUCUCGGCAAAGGCCCUUCGCAUCCUCAAGAACAAUACCAGCCCCACCACCAUCUGGAACUACUUGAAGCCAGGCAAGGAAUUCUGGUCUGCCGACAUCACCUCUCGCGAAGUGGAAUCCUGUGACUACUUCGUCUCGCCCGACCAGGACAACAUCGAAGCUUGGCCCCAGGUGCUGCGGGACGCAAAGGAGAAGCAUGAACUGGCCAUGUCUGCAUUCGGCGCGUUGUUGCAGUAUCUGAGGAUGCUCAAGAUUGAGCGGGACCUGGUCACCCUGGGCAAUUUCUCGUGGUACGACCCAAUCCGCAAGGCCACCAGCCUGGUCCUGGAUGGCCAGAGCCUGAUCAACCUGGAGAUAUUCGCCAACAGCUUUGACGGUGGUGCUGAAGGUACACUCUUCUCCAUGCUCAACCGUUGCGUCACUCCCUUCGGCAAACGUAUGCUCAAGCAGUGGGUUUGCCAUCCGCUUGCGGACGCUCGCAAGAUCAACCAGCGCCUCGACGCGGUUGACGCCUUGAAUGCCGACACGACCAUCAUGGACCGCUUCACCGCCUCGUUGAGCAAGCUUCCCGACCUCGAGCGGCUUUUGUCCAGGGUUCACGCCAGGAGAAUCAAGGCGCAGGACUUCGUCAAGGUCAUCGAAGGCUUCGAGCAAAUCGAGUAUACCAUGAGCCUGCUCAGCGAGUUUGGCGAAGGCGAGGGCGUUAUCGGGCAGCUCAUCUCCCAGACGCCUGAUCUCGCAGGCGCUCUGAAGCACUGGAGGGAUGCUUUCGACCGCAAGAAGGCCAAGGAAGAUGGCAUCCUUGUGCCAGAACCCGGCGUCGAGGAGGAUUUUGACCAGAGUCAGCAAGACAUGCAGGAAGUGCUCGACGAGCUCGAAAAGCUCUUGAAGCAGUACAGGCGAGAUCUCGGCUCCACGGCCAUUUGCUACAGGGACAACGGCAAGGAGAUCUACCAGCUCGAGGUUCCCAUCAAGAUCAAGUCGGUUCCCAAGAACUGGGACCAGAUGUCUGCUACUGCCAAGGUCAAGCGCUACUACUCUCCAGAGCUCCGCAAGCUGGUACGCAAACUGCAGGAGGCGCAGGAAACACACGGGCAGAUUGUCAAGGAGGUUGCCGGAAGGUUCCAUGCCAGAUUUGACGAAAACUACGCAGUAUGGCUUGCAGCGGUCAAGAUCAUCGCCCAACUCGACUGUCUCAUCAGCUUGGCCAAAGCAUCCGCCUCGCUGGGCGAGCCGAGUUGUCGACCCAAGUUCGUGGACAGCGAGCGGUCUGUUCUCGAGUUCGAGGAGCUCCGUCACCCCUGCAUGCUGACCAACGUGACCGACUUCAUUCCGAACGAUAUCAAGCUUGGAGGCCAGUCCCAGAACAUUGACCUUCUUACCGGUGCCAACGCAGCCGGCAAAUCGACCGUCCUGCGCAUGACAUGUAUCGCCGUCAUUCUCGCCCAAGUCGGAGUGUACCUGCCGUGCACUUCGGCGACGCUCACGCCCGUCGACCGCAUCAUGUCGCGGCUCGGGGCCCAAGACAACAUCUUCGCGGCGCAGUCGACCUUCUUCGUCGAGCUGUCGGAAACGAAGAAGAUCCUGUCCGAGGCGACGCCGCGGUCGCUCGUGAUCCUCGACGAGCUCGGCCGCGGCACGUCGUCGUACGACGGCGUGGCCGUGGCGCAGGCGGUGCUGCACCACGUCGCGACGCACGUCGGCUGCCUCGGCUUCUUCGCCACGCACUACCACUCGCUCGCGACCGAGUUUGCAGAACACCCCGAGAUCGCGGCGAAGCGCAUGGCCAUCGACGUCGACGACGAGGAGCGGCGCGUCACUUUCCUGUACCGGUUGGAAGAGGGCGUGGCCGAGGGGUCGUUCGGCAUGCACUGCGCGGCCAUGUGUGGGAUCAAUCCGCGCGUCAUUGAGCGGGCCGAGGUGGCGGCACGGGAGUGGGAGCAUACGAGCAGGCUGAAGGAGAGUCUGGAGAAGGCGCGUGAGGCGUGCUAUGUGCCGCUGGGGCUGCAGAGCGACGUUGCGUGGCUGUUGAGGGAGCAGGGUGCUGGAGACGAAGGCGAAGGCGGUGUUGAGGAGCGGGGAUUGAAUGUGUUGAUGAGGGCGAUUGAGACGCUCUGA